AUGCUCAAAUCUGGAGCCAAUAUGUUGAUGUACAGAAAUAGAAACUUGAGAUUAAACAUAAACAUAACCAGCAGUAGUAGCUGGAUGGUGGCUCGUCGUGGAUUUAAUGCAGGGAUGCGGUUGAAGAGGAAAACAAAUGAAUUCAUUUGGUAUUCCAGGCGGUAUUAUUCCUCUGCGAAAGAACAUGGCGAGCAACACCGGCAGCAGGCCGUUCGUUUCGCCUCAGUUUCUGGUGGCAGGAAUCUAACCAUGACGAAGUUGUUUGUUAUGACAGGGGUGACGCUUAUCUUUGGGUCUUUGAUCUUUCAUCAGCAGAAGAGAUGGGAAGAGGCAAGAGAGGGUGACGGUAAGGAUGAUACAAAGCACAAGGCUAAAAUUAGGAUAUUCAACAACAACUGGUUUUUUUUCUGUUAUUCGACAUUACCUUUGAACGCCAUGUCAAGAAUCUGGGGCCAAGUGAAUUCCUUAGCGCUUCCUGUGUGGUUAAGGCCUUGGGGAUAUAAAUUGUAUUCCAUUUUCUUUGGAGUUAACUUGGAAGAAAUGGACGAUCCAGACUUGACACACUAUGAAAAUUUGUCUCAAUUCUUUUAUCGAACGAUCAGACCUGAAUGUAGGCCUAUAGAUGAUCGUGAGAAUGUCAUUGUUUGUCCCAGUGAUGGCAGAGUGUUACAGUUAGGGAUCAUCGAUUCGGAAACUGGCGACGUUGAGCAAAUUAAAGGUAUAACUUAUUCCGUAAAAGAAUUCCUAGGUACGCAUGCUCACCCUAUGAUAACUAGAGGUAGUUCUUCUGAAGCGUUAGCUUCAAAUGAAGGUGAUGAACAUAAACAUAGGGAAUUUGCUCGUUUGAACAAUAUACCAUAUUCCCUCCGAGAUCUUAUCGGUGAUACCCCGGGGGACCAUACUCCUGAGUCUCAUAUUCAACCAAUUCAAUAUGAGUCUGAAGGAGACACGGUCUUGCCAGAAGCGAAAAUCUAUGCGUCGAAAACAAUGAAACUUCUUGGUGAAUUGUCCACUCAUUUCGUUGAUAAGCUAACAUCUAACGAUCCAAACAACACUCAAUUAUAUUUUGCCGUGAUAUACUUGGCACCAGGUGAUUAUCAUCAUUAUCAUUCUCCGGUUAAUUGGGUUUGUAAAUUACGUCGUCAUUUUCCUGGUGAAUUAUUUUCAGUUGCUCCAUACUUCCAAAGAAACUUUCCAAACUUAUUUAUUCUCAACGAACGAGUAGCGUUAUUGGGACAUUGGAAGCAUGGUUUUUUUAGCAUGACACCAGUAGGUGCUACGAACGUUGGAUCUAUUAAAUUGAACUUUGAUAAAGAAUUAGUUACCAAUUCUAAAGCUAAUAGACAUAAAAAGCCUCAUACGUGUUAUGAAGCUACAUAUGAAACCGCUUCAAAGAUACUUGGAGGCGUCCCUUUGGUUAAAGGUGAAGAAAUAGGUGGGUUUAUGUUAGGUAGUACUGUCGUAUUGUGUUUUGAAGCCCCAGAUAACUUUCAAUUUGAUGUUAAAGUUGGUGACAUAGUGAAAAUGGGUCAAUCCCUGGGCCAAAUUACUUGA